AUGGACGGCUUCGAUAUGAUGGAUUCCGGGACCGAAGGGCCCACAGUCACAAUCCGUAAGGCGGAUUCGACUCGUGCCGACUUCGUUCUCUCCAACGUUGACCUCGCCUUCGCCAAUUCCAUCCGCAGAAUCAUCCUGGCCGAAGUCCCUACACUCGCGAUCGACUUAGUCGAAGUAAUCAACAACUCUAGCGUCCUUCCCGAUGAGCUCCUAUCCCACAGAUUAGGACUGGUGCCUCUGGAAUCCUCGAAUAUUGACGAGAAGAUGCUAUACACUCGUGACUGCGACUGUGAUGGUUACUGUGAAAGAUGUAGUGUCGUCUUAACACUCGUAGCCAAGUGCACAGGAGACAGGAACGUGACUGUAUACGCUAGAGAUUUGGCGGUUGCCGCGGGUGCACAACUAGGGAGCCCUGUUAUUACUGACGAAGCUCAGAAGGGGUCUAUUAUUUGCAAGCUUAGAAAAGGACAGGAACUCAACCUUAAGUGUAUCGCGAAGAAGGGAAUAGCAAAAGAACACGCCAAAUGGCAACCGUGUGCCGCCGUCGCUUUCGAAUACGAUCCACAUAACAAACUCAAGCAUGUCGACUAUUGGUACGAAACAGACGCAAAGGCCGAGUGGCCAAAAUCUGCGAAUGCAGGAUGGGAGGAACCACCCCAGGAAAACGAGCCAUUCGAUUACAACGCCGUCCCAACCAAAUUCUACGUCGAUGUUGAAACCGUGGGAAGUUUACAACCUGAUGAGAUUUUACGACAAGGCAUUAAAUACUUGCAAGAGAAGUUAGCUACCGUUAUUGCUGGAGUUCAGAAAACUGCAGGAGAAGGUGCGGCUGCUGCUGCAGGCGCAGAUGUUGGUGGAAUGGAUGAUGGAUAUGGGGGUGCUAGGAGUCCGGAUAUGGGAGAUGCGAACGGGUAUGGAAGAAACUUCAACGAUGGUUAUGUUACACCCUAUGGUGGAGCCGGUGGCGCUGGAGCUGGAGCCCAAACUCCAUUUGGCGGAUAUGGCGGUGGUGGAUAUUCAAACGGCGGCUGGCCUUGA